UCAGCUCAGCCCUGAGCAGGGCAGACGGAGCUCCGUGGCCAGCGCUGCUGGCUGGCUGGCGCCUGAAGUGGUGACAGGUCAACCAUGUGGCCCCAAAGUGGACAUAUGGUCUUUGGGAAUCGUGGGCAUCGAAAUGGUGGAACAAGAAGUUCCUUCCUGGAAUGCAACUCCUGUCUUGCCCCAACUCCUGAUAGCCACAGGAGGAAGACAAAAGCUGAAGCAGCCCAACCUAUUUUCAUCCUGCCUGCGUGACUUCCUGAGCUGCUGCCUGCAGAGAGACGAGGCACGGCGCUGGUCUGCCAAGGAGCUCCUGCAGCAUCCAUUUGUAACAUUUGCUGAGCCUGCGUCCAGCCUGGUGCCGCUGAUUGUUUCAGUGAAGAAGAGGAGGGAGACAAGAACGUGACAAUCACAUCAGGACCAUUUAUUCCUCAACCAGUUUAGAGUAGGAUUGUAGGUUAGGACUAGGAUUAGGAUUAGAAUUAGGAUUAGAUUUAGGAUUAGGAUUAGGAUUAGGAUUCGGGAUAGGAUUAGGGUUAGGGUUAGAGUAGGAUUGUCUAAUAGGACUGCAGAGUAGGAUUGGAAAUGAAUAAAGUUUCUGAAACCACACCUCACCUUGAAGAUUACCUUCCUUCUCACUCUGCAAAUAAGCUCAAAAAUUCCUUCUGAAUUGUCUGUUGUUUCUUAAAGGUGGAAAGUGACACAGUGUCUUUGGCAUGGUGUGAAAGUGGGGAAGGAUGUUCUUCAUUCAUCCUCUCCAGACCACACUGCCUUUGGAAUAUGGCCCACUGGUCUGUUUUUGGCCAGCUUUGGUACUUAUAGUUGAGGCAGAAAGGGCAAUGGCAUUUGAAAGCAAAACCAAAAGAAGAAUGAGGCAGCCCAAACACCCUGUGCAGAUGCAGGCCUUCAGCUGUGACUGGAGAGCAUUGGGGCUCCUGCCAAUUGGAUUUGGAUCCCUAAAUGCAAUAAUCUCUUUGGCUGGAGGAAAGCCUUGCUCAAGUGAGAAAGCAGA